AGAGCCAUACAAGUCAAUAAUCACCACAUAUAUAGGGAAUUCAGGAAAACAAAAGGCAAGGGGAAGGGAGAAUGAGAGUUUUGAACUCGCAUUUCGUGCUGAUCGAUCUCCACACGUCAUGGCACUCGGCUGCUCAAACCCCGUCUUCGGCUUUUGCUUGCCUCAAGGAGUGCGGACGAGGCCCUUAUUUCUCUGCGGCAUUCCGUCGAACACGUCGUCGGCGCAAUGCGAUUUCAUCGGCUACCUCUCCGGUGCCAUCGAUACGGUCUCCGGAGAUUCGCAGGCCGCGUGAUCGUUCGGCCCCGGAAAGUGGGUUGUCGUCGGUUUCGUCAAGUGCGGCUUCCACGUCGCGAUCUGAGCAACUCUCGGAGCUGGAGUUGUUUCUAGAGUUGCUGCCUUUGAGGAUGAGGAACGGCUUAUUACGGCACCCGGAGAUUGGGAAGUUGAUUGAAGUGGUUAUGGAUUUGGGUAGGCAGCCUCUUGCUCGGUUUCCUUCAGGUGAUUGGGUGAUGUCGGAGCAGCCUGUAAAGGUUGAUGAUCUAAGCCACGCGAUAUCAAAGGUUGGUGAGUUUUCCGAUGACAACCGAUCAGGCAUUAAUAGUUCCUUACACCGUAUAAGUGCUAUACGGAACCGUAAAAUGCAAAUCAUCGGCCUCACUUGCCGGGUAGGGCGAGCUGUAUCUGGAAGUGCUGAAAUCAUAGGUGACUUAGUUGAAGGGGGAGGUUCCAUCUUGGUUGUGGGACCUCCAGGAGUUGGUAAAACAACCUUGAUAAGAGAAAUAGCUAGAAUGUUGGCAGAUGAGCAUAAGAAACGUGUUGUGAUUGUAGAUACGUCAAAUGAGAUUGGAGGUGAUGGAGAUAUACCUCAUUCUGGAAUAGGUCGUGCAAGAAGAAUGCAAGUUCCAAAUGUUGAUAUGCAGCAUAAUGUAAUGAUUGAAGCAGUCGAAAACCAUAUGCCUGAAACCAUUAUAAUUGAUGAAAUUGGAACUGAACUUGAAGCCCUGGCUGCCAGUACAAUUGCUCAGAGAGGAGUUCAGCUUGUUGGAACAGCGCAUGGGAUUACAAUAGAUAACAUAAUAAAAAAUCCUUCUCUGCAGAUACUUGUUGGUGGCAUAGAGAGUGUAACACUUGGUGAUGAGGAAGCAAAGAAAAGGAAAGUGCAGAAGACAAUUCUUGAGAGGAAAGGGCCUUCUACAUUUACGUGUGCAGUAGAGAUGAUAUCUAGAACUGAAUGCUGUGUGCAUCAUCGGUUGGAUGCAUCUGUUGAUGCUAUACUAGCAGGAAAAACUCCUCUGUUUGAAGUCCGUCAUAUGGAUGUUGAAGCAAAUCGUUCUUUGAAGUCUACUCCAAUGCCCAAGAAGAACCUUAUAGAAGAAGCUGAGCUGGACAACAGUGAAGAAAGACCUCAAAUACAGUGUGACAAAGAAGAUGAAGGUUAUUCUCAAAAUAAUUUCAAGAAAUUGAGUGGGAAUAGAAAUUUUAGCAAGUGGAGAUCACCAGUGUAUGUUUACACUUACAAGAUCCUGGAAGCCGAUCUACUUCAAGUUGCAAGUGUUAUGGGGCUUGAGGAUGAGAUAGAUGUAAGUGAUGACAUUGGAAGAGCAGAUGCAAUUUUAGCGUCCAGUUCCGAAGUGAAGCAGAACCCCUGGAUUCGUGGUGUAGCUAAAUUUCACAAGUUGCCCUUAUAUGUUAUCAAGUCAAAUACCAUGGCACAAAUGGUAAAGGCAGUUCAUAUGAUUCUUGGACGGGAUUCCUUUAGUUCCACCUCAAUGCAGUCACUCAAAAGUUCCUUAAACAUUGAAAUUGAGGAUGAUGCACCAAAGAGAAAGCCCUCAUUGGAGGAGAUUGAUGCCUUGGAGGAGGUUCGCCUAGCAAUCGAGUACAUCGUAAUUCCAGGGGGUGAACCUGUUGAACUUCUCCCCAGACGGUCUGAGAUAAUUGCCAGACAACUUGAGCUUGUGGAAAGCUAUCAGCUUGCUGCAGAGAACUCAGGUACUGAAUUGAACCCCAGGUUACAGAUCCUUCCUCAGAAGCUAUGCAAGAAGAGUUUGAUAAAGCAGUCCAAAUCUAGUCCAAGCAUGAUGCGGAGAGAACCAAGCUCCAAGUCACUGACUGGCGGUGGUGGAGGGACAAGCAUCGCUCAGCUGCCACUCUUGCCUGAAUAACUCAAUCAUCUCUCCAAUUGUAAAGUAUUUCAACCCUUAAUUGGUUGAUGCAUGUCUUAUUUCAACCUGUACAGUCUUGUAAAUAUGCAUAAUUACAAUUGUUACAAUUGUCAAACUUGCCUUCAUUCAACAUUGUCUAACGCGUUGCAUAAUCUCAA